CUCCCUUUCUCUGCCAUCUUGUGGCAGAGCCAUGGGGACCUGCUGUGAUCAAGACUUCAGGACACCACCAUGUCUGGGAGAUUGUGGUCUGAGGCCAUUUUUGCUAGCUAUAAAUUUGGCCUCCGAAACAAGAGGGAGCACACUGCCCUUCUGAAAAUUAAGAGUUAUGCCUGGGACUAGACUGAAUUCUCCUUGGGAAAGAGAUGGGCCUAUGUAUACAAUGCUAAACAUCACACUGUGACUCUUGGUGGCAAGCCCAUCGCAACGCGAGACAGCUGGGCAAAAGUAACCCAUGCCCAUGGAAACAGUGGCUUGCUUCAUACUAAGUUCCAACCCAAACUUCUUGCCAAGACCAGGGGACACAGAAUCAGAGUGAUGCUGUGUCCAUCUAGAAUCUACAUUUUUACUGAAAAUACAGUUCAGAAUUUUACUUCUGGGGGAAUUCUGCACCACUAUGACUAUCAAAGUCCUGUUACAGACUACUGUGAUAUGAUUGACUACUGA